CAUUCCCCAGCCCAUCAAUUUUAUUCUAUAAAUUUUAUUUCUAAACUUCCUUGCAUUCCCUCCGAGAACAUCAAAGUUGCAGAAAACAAAGACAACAUCAUGAGAAGAUACGGGCACCAUAGGCAGCCCAAGCAUCAGAGUGGAGGAGGAUUGAAGGCUGUCUUGGGGAGAGUUUCAGUGGCAGUCACGGCUCUCUUGAUCUGCACCGUUUGGUUGCUCUUCUCUUCGUCUUCGGUCAGCAACGGCAAUCGUUCCUUUCGAUAUGGAUCUAAGAUUGACUUGGAAGCACUUUGGGGACCUGCUGAUUCUAGUGGUUGGAGGCCGUCCUCUGCUCCACGAUCUGAUUGGCCCUCUCCACCAAGUGAGAGCAAUGGUUAUUUGCGAGUUCGUUGUAAUGGUGGUUUAAAUCAACAACGCACUGCGAUCUGUAAUGCUGUUCUUGCUGCACGAAUCAUGAAUGCUACACUUGUGCUGCCUGAGUUGGAUGCAAACUCCUUCUGGCAUGAUAGCAGUGGUUUUCAAGGUAUAUAUGAUGUUGAGCAUUUUAUUGCGGUACUGAGGUUUGAUGUACGGAUUGUGGAAAGCAUUCCUGAAACACGCAAAAAUGGGAAAACCAAGAAGAUAAAAGCUUAUCAACUUCGCCCCCCUAGAGAUGCCCCCAUCAGUUGGUAUGCAACAGAUGCUCUGAAGAAGAUGAAGGAACAUGGUGCUAUUUACCUCACUCCCUUUUCACACCGUUUGGCAGAAGAAAUUGACAACCCUGAAUACCAACGCUUGAGGUGCAGAGUUAAUUAUCAUGCUCUCAGAUUUAAGCCACAUAUUAUGAAGUUAAGCAAUACAAUAGUCAACAAACUUCGUGCACAAGGUCACUUCAUGUCAAUACAUCUUCGGUUCGAGAUGGAUAUGCUUGCAUUUGCAGGAUGCUUAGAUAUCUACCCUGAAGAGCAACGUAUAUUAACCAAGUACCGGAAAGAAAAUUUUGCAGCAAAAAGACUUGUUUAUCAUGAAAGAAGGGCCAUUGGAAAAUGCCCAUUAACUCCAGAAGAGGUUGGUCUUGUUUUACAUGCACUAGGGUUUGACAAUUCUACCAAAAUAUACCUUGCAGCUGGUGAACUGUUUGGUGGGGAGCGAUUCAUGAAACCUUUUCGAGCUCUAUUCCCACGCCUUGAGAACCACAGCAGUGUGGAACCGGCAGAUGAGCUUUUAGAGAACUCCCAGGGCUUGGUAGGUUCUGCUGUGGAUUACAUGGUUUGUCUGCUAUCUGACAUUUUCAUGCCAACUUAUGAUGGCCCGAGCAACUUUGCCAACAAUCUCCUAGGUCACCGACUUUACUAUGGAUUUCGGACCACACUUCGGCCUGAUAGGAAAGCUCUUGCCCCAAUCUUCAUUGAUCGUGAAAAUGGGCGGUUGGCUAGUUUUGAAGAAGCUGUUAGGCGUGUGAUGCUCAACACAAAUUUUGGUGGACCCCACAAGCGUGUCCCACCUGAGUCUUUCUAUACAAACUCAUGGCCGGAAUGUUUCUGUCAAAUGUCACCAAAGAAUCCUGCUGACAAAUGUCCACCUGAGAACGUUCUGGAAAUCCUAAACAACCGCUUGGAGAGUGAAAUGGGCAAUGGCUUUGAAUCAACAACCACAUCAAAUUUGACAGUGCCUACGGAAGAAGAACAAUGAUUUGCCUUAACUUAUUAAUUGAGGUUACUCUAUUUGACCAAUGGUGCAACCUUAAAGGCCAAAUUAGAGAAAGGAGUGGGCAACUGAUAUCUCAUUCAGCUUUCAGGUUCAUGCUAUCUGGAUAUUGAACCAAAGAUGGAAAAGUUCUACACCGAUACAUUCAUUAGCCAAAGAUUUCAAAGCACAGAAUUAUGUUUAGUGAUAUGUACUUCAUAUCUGCUAGAGCUGUACAUUUGCUACUUGAAGCCGGUUCUGUAAAUCAUCUGCUUAGCUUUACUAUAUAUUUUGGGCUUAAAAAAGAGAGCAUUACUACCCCUUGUUUUAACAUGACUUUACACGCACGGGGUGUGUUUGGUAAGCCUGGCCUCACCUGACUAAAGUUUAAUGUUGUUACAUUAUUUUUGCCGCAUGGAUGCCCUACUAAUGAAAGAAAAUAAGUUUGUAUUGAGAGUCAA